GUCCUGACAUGUUGCAAAGGUUAAUGUUUUGUUGUGACUAAAGUUCACAUCCUGUCCUGUCAUUGCAUUAUUGAAUCCAAAAAUAAGUUUACAGUAUGUUUGAUUCAGUGAUUGGAAACCAUAACCUUCAGUUGGGAGUAUUCUGUAUAUAUUACAAAGUGAACUAUAAAGCUGAGUAACUAAGCAGUCACCAAGUAUCAUUAUGUACAGUGUGAAUUGUACACUAUAUAUGGUCACUAAGAAUGGCAGAUAGUACAGGCAGACCCAAUGGUAGUCUAUAAAAGGAUUCUUAUGCACGAUUCUGAAAACAGACCAGAUGGUGCCUCCACGCUACCGCCUCCAUCAGCCACCAAUACUGAAAGAUGCGAUUGCUGUCCAUAUGGAUACCACAUAGAUCUAGAUUUCUUGAAAUUCUGUGACAAUAUUACCAGCGGGGCAAAUCUAGCUAAGAUCCGCAGUUUCCGAAGAUCUCGUACAAGAACCCGGCGUACUCAGACACCGUCUCCAAGUGGACGGAUUCCACCAUCUAUUCCUGUGAGAUCUUCCUCAUUGCCUGGAAUUGGCAGAUCCAGAUUGUAUUCCUCUUCUGACUCAGAAUCAGAUAUUUAUCCUGCAACUGACGAUGAGACAUUUGCACUUGCGUACAGCCACUUUGCCAACCAACUACAAAAGUUUUCUAGUGAUGGAAAUUUUGCUUGUGAACCACCAAGGGCUUUCAGAGAAGUAUUUGAUCCUGAUGUAGAUGUAUCAUCAGACACCCAAAGUCUUCCAGCAUUUCCUGGGGAUGUUGGUUUGUGUGAUGUGGACAGUGACUAUGGAAGAUAUCCGCGUAAACAAAGCCUUCCUAUUGUACCAUCAGUGCCUUCAUACUUCAGUUCAUCAUCUUCUAAUCCACCAGGAUCAUCAACCACCACCAUCUCCCCACUUAGUCUUACUCUCAGCCACACCCAUAGUGGUUCGGCUAGUUCUUUAUCAUCUAGCAGCUCAAGUCAGUUCUCUCCAAUUCAUACUAUACAGUCCAUAAAUGGAGUCACUUCUCAACAGAUUGCUUCCAAUCUGGGAUCAUUCCUGCACCCUUCUCGUUAUAGCCCAGCGCCAUCUGGAUCCUCAACACCAUCAUCAAGCCAGAGCCAGUCGACUCUAUCUCAUAUCCGGGACCAGAUGGCACUAAGUUUACAACGGCUGAGGGAACUUGAGGAACAAGUUAAAGCAAUACCAGUUUUACAUGUGAAAAUUAAUGUACUUAAAGAGGAGAAGAGACUUCUUACAAUGCAAGUCAAAUCUCGGAAAAAUCGGCAACAGAAAACAAUUGAUGAUCUUUACAAUGUGAACAAUGAACAGUCGUCAAUGUCAAAAGUUGCCAAGGCAAUCAACUGUCAAUCAAAAGUAGCUUCAACUCAGGCUGAUAUUAUAUUAUCUGAUUUAAAAAAAGACUAUGAGUCCGUAGGUGUACAAGUUAAUAUUAAUGCAAAUGCUAAUAAUACCAGUGAUGUUUUGACCACUAAACAAAGUGUUGUAUCCACAACUGUUAAAAGUAUGAGAGAAAUACAAACUCAACAUAAAGCCCAAUUUGUGGCACCAGCAAUUGCUAAGGUGAUGUGUGAUACUGGGGUUGGAUUUAUUAACGUCAACAAAGUGGAGUGUGAUAAAUGUAGGAAUAAAAAUACUCAGAGCAUUGGAAUCGGGGAUGGGGAUAUACGAGAAGAAAUAAAGCCGAAACAAAGAAAUGUGGGGUCGUCCACAGUGGAUAAAGUAAAAAGACAUUCCACUGUGGGAACCAACACAAAGCCCAAGGUGACUAGAGACAAAGCUAUUGAAGUAAAGAUAUCCAAUGUGACACAGGCAACCAAUACUACUCCCCCAUUACGAAAAGACAAGUCUACUAUGGUUGUCAUAGCAACCAUGGAUGAACACGCAGUUAACACAGAUUUGACACAUAAGGAUAUAACUGAAAAAAAGUGUACAAAUGACAUGUGGACAAACACAGAUCGCAUUUCACAACAUGUGAAAGCUGUGAAUACAGAAGUUGCUUCCAAGCGACUGGACUAUCGGCAGAUCAGGAAACCACCACGUCCUGUUAGACACACUGCUAUGAAUACCAUAGAAAUAAGUAAGCCGGAUAAACUAUUCAAUGAUUGUGGUGUUGGUACUGGCACUGUUAACAAUUACGUCAAUACAGGAAUUAAUCCGCUGGUGGUUUUGACCUGUGCAAAAGCUACAAAUACCACACCUUGUAUUUAUCAAUCUGUUGCUACCAUUACAGAAAGAAAUACUAAAGAUGUCGGUGCCAAUACUCUGCCCAAAUUACCAGGUAAAAGUAAAGGUGUGUCUGCUAAUAUCAAAAACAUGAAUGAUAAACAUACGGAAACUGACUGGAUUAGAAUCAGCAUUGCUACAAACACUCCUUGUAGAGUAACCAAGGACACUGGCACUCAUCAGGACAUUGCUAUGACAACCAAUAUACUAAGUAAUGAUGUAAUGACGAACUGGAAGGAUAUACAAGAACGAGGUCAGAAAACUGACUUUAAGGAAUAUUUUAAUGUUGGUGUUACUGAAAAGUCACUUGAUACUGUGAGAGAUUUUAAGAGUGUUGCUGUUGGGGAGUCCAAGACAACAGAUGUUUGUGAUAAAUGUGCUACUAAAAAAAACAGGACUAUAGCAGUAGGAGUGUGUAGCAUCAAGGAUUCAAUCUGUGAUCGAUGUACUAACAUGAAAAGCAGAACAAUUGGAGUUGGAAACUGUACUGUAUCUGAUAGUUUGUGCAUGUCUUGCAUUCAGACUAAAUCAACCAGGACUAUUGGUGCUGGAUCAUGUAGUGUCCAUGAUAUACUUUGCUAUAAGUGUGCUAUGAUGAACUGUGUCAAUAAAGCAGUCGGUGAUCAACAAAUUACUGAUGCUAUUUGUAACGUUUGCAAAAAGCCACCGCAAAGACAUAUUGGUGUUGGAAUCGGGGCUGUAAACGACGUGCUCUGUGACAAGUGCCAAGUUUUCAAUUUUGUUAAUCAGGCAGUUGGAGACUGUACCAUAACUGACCGUCUUUGCGAUCGGUGCGACACUCUCAAGAUGGCAGAUGCUGCUGUUGAUUGUGCAGUUUUUAUGGACCAAUAUAGAUCAGUUGCCGUUGGCGAUGGAAACGUUACUUUCAAUGAUGCAUCAGUCAGUACUGAUGUCAUCACUAUGGCCAAUGUUGCUAUGGAAACUGACCAGACUGUUAAAGUCAACACAGCCGUUGGAGACAAUAAUGUUAAGAAUGAUGCCAUUGAAACCAGACCAGUAUCCAUGGUUACCACUGCCUCAGGACUAGAAGAAGUGGCACUCAGGAAUGUUGGUUCAGGCACAGUGCCAGUUAUUCACAUUAGCUCAGGUGUUGGCAGUGGUAAUGUACGUACUUCAACAGUUGGAGUCGGCAGUGAAAAAUUACAAACAAAUUCAGUGAAUACUGCCACAGAGAAAAUAAACGUUAUUCAUGCAUCAGUUGAUGCUUUCAAAAUACCUGUUAAAAAUCAAACAACAGAAACAAACCAGAUCAAAACAACGUCAACUGGAGUCGGAAAUAAUACUGUGUUAUCUUCUGCAUCAACGUGCACUGAUGCAAUUGCUGUUAUGACUUCAGCAACAGAAACUGAAAAGGUUAAAACUGUAUCAGUUGGUGUCGGAAAAAGUCAUGUUUAUUUGUCAACCGGAAUGUCAACUGAUAUUACACCUGUUAAAAAUACUGGAAUGGUGACUGAUCAUGUUAAAACCGUCAGUACUGGUGUUGGAGAAAAGUUUGUUUCACUGUUAUCUGUUGGCAUGACAACAGAUAAAGUAGCAUUGAAGUCAUCAUCGACUGAGACUGAUUGUAUCAAGACAACAAAUACCGGUGUUGGGGAGAGGUCAGUUUUUAUGUUGACAACUGGAACUUUGACUGAUGUUGUUGAAAAACGAACUUUAGCAACAGAGACUAAUUGUGUACAGACAGCAGAUAUAGGUAUAGGAGAAAAGACAGCUAUGACAUCAGUAGGCAUGGAAACUGAUCAGAUAGCAGUACGAACAUUGUCAACUGAAACAGAACGAAUUAAUCUGAUAAAUACAGGUGUGGGAGGUAAGUCCGUGGACAUGAAAACGACCAGCACAAUAACUGAUGCAGUACACACUGUUAGUGUAGGUGUUGGUCUAGAAGAAACUCUGAGUAAAAAUAAUGCUUCAUCAUCUACUGCCCAAACAGUGGAGACUAGUGCUGAUAAUGUGAAUUCCAUCUCUACCAGCAAACAGAAUGUUGUCACACAAAUACCACAAAACAUCACAAAUAAUAUUGCCACUCACCAAAAGGUUGCAGUUGGAACGGUUCAGAUGCCCUCCCCUAGGAAGGUACCUCAUUUAACUAUGCAACCUUUGACUGCUGGUGCCCUGAUGGAGAACAGGAAUGUUACCAUGGUAACAGAGAAUGUCAUCAAGACAACAGAUGUUCGUUCAACUGCUUCAUCACAUCAAAAUGUAGUCAUCUCAGGGAAUGGUGUGAACAGUGAACGUAAACAGAGUGAUUAUGAGUCGAUUGAAGGAUAUAAUGAUCAUAAUGGAUUUGAAAACAGACAUGCAUUAUUGGACUCAAGUCCUUCUCAACAAGAAUUGCUGAAAACGUGUAUAAAACGUAAUAGUAAAAAAGAAGUCAAACCAAGCAAAAUUCGGAAAGAAAUAGCUUUUGUUGGUGUCAAUGGUAAUUUGGCUGAUGAUGAAUCAACAUCCAGCAGUAGUUCUAGUGACUCCGAUUCAGAUACUUCUGAUACCUCUGAAAGUUCUGACUCAGACACCUCACAGGAAGGAUCGUAUGAUGGAAGACUAGGGAAAGUUGUUAAAGUGUGUGAGACAGAAGGCAAGGUAGCUUCUGUUUCUGAACUUGCAGCUCAUGGAAGGGAAGAGCCAGUCACAACUAUAGGAGUGACAAAGGACAAGAAAAAUACACCUAACAUUGAAGAAAUAGAAGAGAGCUUUGAAUUUAAUGAAGAGAUUUCUAAGUCCCUCGCUGUGCUGGAAAAACACUCUGAGAAACCAGGAGAUACAGACACAAAGGAAUUAGCAGUUUGUAUGAGUAUCAUUGCCAGCGACUGGUUCCGGGUCUCUAGUCAAAAGGAUGUUGAUGAGAAAAUGGUACUUGAUUACUUGAAAGGUUUACAAGAAAUGUCAAAGGGAAUUCUAGAAAAAGUGGUAAAUCUGGCAGAUGGCAAUGGGAACACCUGCUUGCACUACUGUGUGUCUCAUGGUAACUUUAGUAUUGUAAGCAUUCUCUUGGAUACACGUGUAUGCGAUACUAAUAAACAAAAUAGAGCUGGCUACACACCCAUUAUGUUGGCAUCUUUGGCCAUACUUAAAGAUGAUCAGCAAAAAGAAGUAAUACAGCAGCUGUUCCAGAUGGGAGACGUCAAUAUCAGGGCCACUCAGGCAGGUCAGACAGCAUUAAUGUUGGCAGUAAGUCAUGGUCGGCUUGAUAUGGUUAGAUUAUUGUUACUGGCUGGAGCUAAUGUCAAUAUGCAAGAUGAGGUAAAUUGA